CAUCUCUCCUCCUUCUCCUCUCUGCUUCUUUCUCUCCCCCCUUCCAUAUUUGAAUCUGAUUAACUCCACCAUUUCUCAAACCUAAUUUUAUCUUGACACACGUUCCAUCUCGAAACCUCAAUUGCAGCAGUCGAGACCUUCCUCGUCCGCAUGUCGUCAUACUCGCAGUCGUCCAGCAGUUCCUCAUCCCCUCGACCUCCCGACCAGCGCCAACAACAACAGCCACGAACUCAACAACCUCAACCUCAAAACCAACAGCGGCGAUCCUCCUCGCUACAACAAUCCGCAGCCUCCUACUUCUCCUACCCAGUAACCCACGUCGUCUCAGGGCUCUACCGCCGCUUCACCGACCCGCAAUCCACGAAGAACCAAGACAACAACAGCAGCAGCAGCAGCAGCACAAUGCGUCGCCCAUUCCAAAGCACGAGCAGCAUCAGCAGCACGACAACAACAACCAACCCAGCAACAAACACAAGCACACUAUUCACGCCCAUCCGCACGGCCUCACCCUUCCAACCCCCACCUCUCACGCCCCUCACCCUAACCGACCCAGAGAACCACAGCCAGCACAGCGCCCAAACGCAAGACUACCUCCUCACGCGCUCGCUAGCCGAAGAAAUCCGACUCCUGGUGCCAGCGCGCCUGCAGCUAUGCGACACAUGGCGGCUAGCAUACAGCCUAGAGCGGGACGGCGCCUCACUGAGCACACUAUACGAGAACUGCCGAGCGAUCUCGCAGCGCAGCCCGCGGGCGGGCUACGUGCUGAUCAUCCGGGACGCCUCGCCGUCGACCGGCUCCUCGUCGUCGUACUCCGCCACCGGCGGCUCCUCUUCCUUCUCCAACACGAAUAAUGGCCCCGGCGGCGCUGUCUUCGGCGCCUACAUGACCGAUCCCCCGCACCCGGACUCGCACUACUUCGGCACAGGCGAGUGUUUCCUCUGGCGCGCCUCGGUCGUGCAGCCGCCUUCGGCUGAUCGGCUCCUGCAGUUGACGGCGGCGGCGGCGGCAGGUCACCACACCCAGGACCCUGGGAUGCAAACUGGGGCCGGGCCGGGAACUGAAAAUGAUGUACAGCAGACGUUGGCGGCGCUCGAACGCGCAGGCUUACCGUUGCCGCCCAGCGCGGAUACCACGCACGCCGGCCGGUCGACCACCCUGCGCAGUUGGAGUCCCCUGCCCCGGGGUCCGGGUCCGGCCUCCACCAGUAACAGUGGCACGGCCACGCCGGAGCAGAUCCGCUUCAAGGCGUUCCCGUACAGCGGAGUGAACGAUUAUAUGAUGUUCUGUGAGACCGGGUUUCUGAGCUUGGGUGGCGGGGAUGGACAUUACGGUCUCUGGGUAGACUCGAGUCUGGAGAAAGGUGUCAGUGCCGCUUCUCAGACCUUUGGUAAUGAGCCGCUUUCGGAUGAGGGCAUUAAGUUUGAUAUCCUCGGGGUCGAGGUUUGGUAUGUUGGCUCUUAAAUGGAUGGAGCGAACGAAUUGGAUCGUCCCUUUUUGGUGAUACGUACGUCAUCUGCAAAACUUUGAGCAAUCCGAGCAAAAAAAGAUUGAUUGGUACUGGAGGGGAAGGCGGAUCAUGAUCUGCGGGCAGAAUGGUCCAUAAUAUAUUCGAAAGUUGACCCGGCAAGGUGGUAUAAUUGAAGGAUGAUGUUGGUGUGCGAUGCCCGACUGAGGGCAGUAUAGGGCAGCGCCCAUCUACGUGUACUGAAAGCUGUACUCGG